AUGUCGUCACAGGUCCGCAAGGCAAAGAGCUGGUACGGCCCAUGGCCCAAAACACCAAUGAAAGCCACCGCUUCGACUUCGGUUGCACGUGAAAAUAUAUUAGGCGGAACCGUCCGCUCCGCAGCUGCCCCAGAUCUUGGUCGAUUCGACUCGUCAAAUAAGAGUGCUGCCGAGACUGCAAGCAUUCGAGGCGAUUCACGACCUGUUUCCCUGUCCAAAGUUUUCGAGGACGGAAUGCCAGCUGUUGCCACUGACACGACGACCGUCGACGAUAACGCCCAACACAAGAAAACCGGCACACCACAACCUCCGCACACCCCAAAAGACAUACACGCUACAAAAGAAAGAAAUGACACAAGGCAAGACGAAAUAAAACCACAACCCGAGGCCCCAGACUCAACGACCACUCCGCCGACCGCGUCUGCUGCCCCUGCCCCUCCAUCAGGCUGGCUAGUUUGGUGGCCCAAGGCUCCAACCACAGAACAACAAACAGUUGCAGUAACAUCUACCACUCUUGACAAUACGAAUGAUCCCACGCCAGAGAAUAGACCCUUUACUCCUCCCGAACAAACUGCCCCGCCGGACUCGGUCCCCAAGGAACCACCACCAAGUGCACCAACGGCAUCAUCCACCUGGCGAUUCGGGUUUUGGUCCUCUACCAACAACAAGAUGGACAAGACGGACCCCGAAAAGGAGGGCAAGGCAGAGGAGGCUCAACCCAAACAGCAACAAGACGUUGUCAUGGAAGAUGCUCCAGCCCCAGCAGCUGCCCCAGAGAAUGAACCUACACCGAAAGCUGGGUCAACGUGGGCAUUCUGGUCGCGGGCAUCGCCGAGCAAAUCGAGUAACAUGAUUUCUUCCUCGAACUCUGGCGAAAUGGCUGUAAUUGGCGAGGGAUCAGAAGCGCACCCAAAACGAAUGAGUGAAGUGGAUGUCUCUAGUCCGCAAAGCAAAGCCUCCAAACAAGAGACGCAGGCCACGGAGGCGCAACCACAGGCGAAAUCGACUUGGCGUAGGAAAAAGAGAGUACGCCCAUCUUCUAGUGAAGCUCCAACAGAUUCAGGUGCAUCGACUGCAACGCGGACUGCUAUACCAGCUGUCGAUGAACCUCAGGGCCUCCCGCCCCCUCCAAAGGAGCACAAGACCCCAGUGCCGUCUACAAAAGCCGAGUCGUCGAGCAAAUCAGCAGCUGAGGCCGAAACGGUGGCAAAGCAACCUCCUAAUUUGCUACUUCCCUCGUUCACCAGCACCUAUCAGAUGAAGGAGAACCCUUCAAUAUUGCAGCAAGUUGCACAGCUUCUGCUACGAACCUCUCAGCCACCAGCUAACCACGUCUUUCGGGUCAAAGAUCCACCCAAGAUCCGCAAGGCCAUCGCUAUCGGCAUACAUGGUCUAUUCCCGGCAACCUAUCUGCGACCCAUGAUUGGCCAACCUACAGGGACGUCGCUAAGAUUCGCCAACCUCUGCGCAGAGGCCAUUCGUCGAUGGACAGACGCUCACGGCUCUCCUGAUUGUGAAAUUGAAAAGGUCGCCCUUGAAGGCGAGGGGAGAAUCAGCGAUCGGGUGGACAAUUUGUGGAAACUUAUGCUCAAUUGGAUAGAUCAUAUUCGCAGGGCUGAUUUCAUCAUACUGGCAUGUCAUUCUCAGGGCGUUCCUGUAAGCAUCAUGCUGUUGGAGAAGCUCAUCGACAUGGGCAUCAUCACCAAUGCCAAGAUAGGAGUUUGUGCAAUGGCAGGGGUGGCUUUAGGUCCGUUUCCAGAUUACAAGUCUAGCAUUCUCAUGGGGUCGGCAGCCGAGCUGUGGGAGUUUGGUAAUCCUCAGAGCAAUAAUUCGCAACGAUUCGAGACGUCUUUGAAGCGAGUGUUGGACCACGGGGCAAGGGUGACGUUCAUCGGCAGUAUCGACGACCAGUUGGUGCCUAUGGAGUCCGCCGUUUAUUCUCCUGCCAGCCACCCAUACAUCUACCGGGCCGUCUUCAUCGAUGGCCGAAUCCACGCGCCAGACUUUAUUGCACACCUGGUUGGUUUCGCCCUGAAAUUACGAAACCUGGGAGUCACUGAUCACGGUCUCAUUCGCGAAUUGUCUGUGGCGAUGGCAGGGUCCUUGUACUCAGGCGAAGGUCACUCCCGAUUAUACUACGACCCAGCGGUGUACGACCUCGCCAUAUCCCACGCCCUCGAAACAACGUCCACCCCAUCCCCCGUCACAUGUGAGGUUGGCCCGCGCGGAGGUCUAGCAUCUGCCAAUCCGUACGUGCUGCCGUGGAUCAUGCGCGGCAUGCUAGAAGAAAGUUUCGUAAAGACGGAACUGAGCAGCGAGACAGAGGACCUGUUGCGGCAAUUCGAUGAUUGGAAACCGUCAAAUAAGGCGCUGAAAGAUGUCAAGUAUCGUUUGGAAGCGGUGCGAUCGAAGCUUUAG